AUGCCUCUACUCAGCCUGAUGCCUCUACCUCAGCCUGAUGCCUCUACUCAGCCUGAAGCCUCUACUCAGCCUGAAGCCUGUUGACUCGAUGCCCGCUGUUGAUCCAGAUGAUCCGGUACCUGAUCCAGUGCCCGCUGUCGUCGUGCCAAUUGACUCAGAGCCCGCUGUCAUACCUGGUGACCCGGUGCCCACUGCCUUGCCAGAUGACGCGGUGCCCGCUGGCAAGCCAAAUGACCUGAUGCCUGGUGACCCAGUGCCCGCUGUCAUACCUGGUGACCCGAUGCCCGCUGCUGUCGAGCCAGACAAUCCCGAUACCUGAUGACCCGGUGCCCACUGUCGUGCCAGUUGACUCGGUGCCCGCUGUCUUGCCAGACGACUCGGUGCCCGCAGUCUUGCCAGUGACUCGGUGCCCGCAGUCUUGCCAGACGACUCGGUGCCCGCAGUCUUGCCAGACGACUCGGUGCCCGCAGUCUUGCCAGACGACUCGGUGCCCGC